AGAAAUGAAAACUUAAAUUGGCCUGAAGCAGGAAGCGAGGAGCUUAUUCAGGCAAAUAAGAAGAGCAAUGAAGAUGAAGCUGGUUUAUGUUCCCAUGAUGAUGGCACUGGUCGUUACGACUACUGGAGUCCUGUCAACUACAACACCAACUACAACAACAAAACGAACUACAACACCAACUACAACAACAAAACCAACUACAAAACCAACAACAACAUGGACCACAAGAGGACCUCAUGGACUAAAUUUAAUUGGGAAAAUGUUCACUUUGCCUUGUAACAGUGGAGGAAUAUCCUUCUAUUCCUCUGAUCUUUCUCCUUCUACUAUCGCCUGGCUUUACACCUCUGUCUACCCAACCCGAAGAUAUAAAACCAGAACAACGGCCACCACUUUUCCCCGAACCCCGAGGACCAAGCCUUGGACAACCACCACUCCCCGAACCACUAGGACCACGCCUUGGACAACCACCACUCCCCAAACCACUAGGACCACGCCUAGAACAACCCUCUCAACCACCUCCCCUGCGUGGACCACAGCACCUCCUACUAGAGGUGUGUCUGUGUGUCUGCGAUACCUCACCGACUACAUCCAAGUUCCAGGCCCUGCGAUCUUCACACUCAUUUCAUCCUCAAGUUCUCCUAUAAGUCUGACGAGCUAUUCAGGUCUUUGGUAUGGACUGACCUUUAAUUACUACAACGUCCUGUUCCUUCAACCUAAGAUAAGGUUCUGGUCUAACAUUGGACCGGACAUCUGGACCAGACUCUGUCUCACUGUGGACACCGUGAAGAACGUGGCCCAGGUGUUUAGCGGCCCAAACAUUAGCAUCAGGAAGAUUCUGCCUAUUCGGUAUGUGUGGUCGGGUCAGCCUGUGAUUGAUUUCUCAGGUUUUGAUGGUCAGGUGACAGACGUCCAAAUCUGGGAUUAUCCUCUCCACUACAGAGAAAUCUACAACUACAUGGUCAGCGGCGUCUACGGGCCACAUCGUGGCUCCAUCCUCACCUGGUCCUCCAUCAGCUACUCUCCCAGAGGAAACGUCGUAAUGGAGGAUGUGUAUGAGCAGCAGUCAAAACAGUCACUCAGCAGCGGCGGCAGCAGGGAGAGGGGGCGUCAUCUAAAGGGAAAGAAGAAGACCAGAAAGUUUUGGAACCUCGAGGAAAAGAAAGCGAGAAAGAGACAGCGGAUGUAAUGAAACAUACAGCGGCUUAUGUACGAAAUGCUGUAAUCUCUGUUCUUCAUUUAAUAAGACAAAACUAACAACAAUCAGUUAUUAAUAGUAAAUGAAGUGUAAACUGA